CCGUACUUCCGCCCUCAACCGACUCGGAGGAGGGCCAGACCGCCGAGGGGUCCAAGACCGCCUCGGGGGGAAAGCACUCCAAAGGCCCCAGGAAAGCGGGGGAUCCGUUUCGAGGGCAGACGAGGAGCGUCCCCCUCGGGUCAAAGGCAAGGCACCCCUUCAUGCCGAUGAUGCUCGGCACCAAAUCAACCAGGCCCACUCGGCCCGGGUUCGUUCGCAGGGGGCGGAGACCCUCCCGAAGGACCCCCGGGACAAGAUUAUUGCGGCCCUCCAACGCCGGCUUGACGAGAUGGAGUCCAACAAAGCUCACGCCACCACCUCCGCCCCUCAUUCAGAUCUCAAAUACGAGGCCAUGAUGGCCAAAAUGGAGGAGUUACAGAAGAAGGUGGCCGAGGGCUCCGGGGAACCCGUCAUCCAGCUCCGGACUCGGACGCCAUUUACUCCAAGGGUAUUGGCGGCCCGGAUCCCGGAAAAGUACCGAGGGCAACACAUACAGCCCUACAACGGAAAAACGGACCCCCAGGAACAUUACAGCAAGUACCAGAACAGCAUGAUGAUGGUGGGGGCGUCGGACGAAUAUUUGUGUCGUUGGUUCCUCUCCACCUUAGAGGGGCCGGCAUACGAAUGGUUCAACAGGCUGCCCGAGGGCUGUAUUGAUUCAUGGCAAGAACUCGCCCAGCGGUUCUUGACGCAAUUUGCCGGGAGGCGCCGCACAAGGAAGCACUUCUCCCACCUCCUAACAAUACGCCAGAAGAGGGAUGAGACCCUUCGGGACUUCCUAGAGCGCUGGAGGACGGAGGCCGACAAGGUCGACGGUGCUGAUGACGGGACCCUCCUGGCCCUCCUACAAACCGUCCUCCGCACCGGUAACUUUUCAAGGAGCCUCAUCAUUGAACCCCCCCGCGACUACAUAAGGGCUUUGCAGCGGGGGGACCGAUAUGCUGAGGCCGAGGAGGUGGAGAAGUAUCACCAGCAUCCGGACCAGCAGCCCCCGAGGGCUGACAACAAGCAUAACCGAGGGCCGGGGGCUCCUCCAAAUCACCCCAAGGCUUCGGGACCCUCUGAUGACCGCCCUCGGCAAGAAAAGGGAGAUUGGGAACUUGGAAGAAGAGGAGGAGGAAUACCCCCACUACCAGGAGAAAAAACGCCACAUCCUCAUGAUCACCGGUGGCAAUACAGUGGGCGAUUCCACCAGCCAACGAAAGAAGUGGGCUCAAUCGCUUUACGUGGGGGAAGUCACUCAUAUGCCCCCGGUGAAGCGACUGAGGGAGGAACCCAUCACCUUUACCAACGCAGAUCUCCCCCCUACUUCUUCUCCUCACAGGGAUGCCUUGGUAAUUCGGACGGAGAUAAGCGACACCAUCAUUCACCGAACUUACAUUGACACGGGCAGCUCCGUCAAUGUAAUGUACCUCAGCACCUUCAGAGAGCUGCAUCUGGAGAGGGGGUCCCUUCGGCCCAUUAAGACCCCUCUUGCCGGCUUCACCGGCGACACUAUUGAUUCCGAGGGGGUAAUAACCCUCCCGAUGAUCUUCGGCGACGGGCUCCAUAGAGCCCAGCUCGAGGUGGAGUUCGUUGUCGUCAACAUUGACUGCGCCCACAACAUCAUCCUCGGCCGGCCAGCCCUCGAGGACCUCGAAGCCAUCAUCUCCAUGAGGCACCUCUGCCUCAAGUUUCCCGCCGAGGGGGGCAUUGGCUACUCCCGGGGGAACCAGAAAAUUGCCCGCGCCUGCUAUCUUCAGGUCACUAAGAAGGUAAGCAAGACGGAAUUCCGUGUUGACACCAUCACCGGAACCAUCGACCAAGAAGAGCAAAGGCCGAGGGCUGAACCAGCCGAGGACGUAGAAGACUUCGCACUCGAUCCGGCCCAGCCGGAGAGAGUCGUGAAGAUUGGAGCCCAGCUCCCUGAAGAUUUGAAGACCGGUAUCACCGACGCCCUCCGCGCCUACUCCACCGUCUUUGCAUGGGGGGCGGAGGACAUGCCGGGAAUCAGCCGAAGGGUCAUCACCCACCGCCUCUCGGUGGACCCUUCGGCAAAGGCAGUACAACAACGAAGAAGACCCCUCUCCGCCGAGAGGAGGGAAUUUGUGAAGAAGGAGGUCGCCAUGCUCCUCUCCAUUAAGCACAUCAAGGAGGUGAAAUAUCCCUCAUGGCUGGCGAAUGUAGUCCUCGCACAGAAGCCCCCUACCUUCCGCAUGUGCGUGGACUACACCGAUCUCAACAAGGCGUGCCCUAUGGACCCGUUCCCUCUACCAAAUAUUGAUCAACUAGUGGAUGAGACCGCAGGGUGUGAGAUCAUGUCCUUCCUCGAUGCCUUCCGAGGGUAUCACCAAAUUUUUAUGCACGAGGAAGACGCCGAAAAAACUGCCUUCAUGACUCCCGAGGGCAUCUUCUGCUACCUAGUCAUGGCCUUCGGCCUAAAGAACUCAGGGGCCACCUACACCCGGAUGGUGGCCCGGGUCUUUCAAGCCGUCCUAGGGCGCACCAUGGAGGCCUAUGUUGACGACAUGAUCGUCAAAAGCAAACAAUCUUCCAGCCAUGCUGACGACCUCCGGGAAAUCUUCGCCAUCAUGCAAAAAUUCAACCUUCGGCUAAACCCGAAGAAGUGCACCUUUGGCGUCCAAGGAGGCAAAUUCUUGGGCUACAUGGUAAGCCGAAGGGGUAUUGAGGCCAAUCCCGAGAAGAUCCAGGCCAUCAUCAACAUGGAGCCCCCACGCAACGUGAAGGAAGUUCAACGGUUGACGGGCCGCCUGUCAGCCCUCAACCGCUUUCUAUCUAAAUCGGCGGAGAAGUCUCUACCCUUCUUCCAGAUCAUGAGGAAGACGGCUGGCUUUCUAUGGACUCCAGAAUGCCAGGGGGCUUUCGACGAGCUCAAACGAUAUCUAUCUUCACCUCCUGUGCUCUCCAAACCCAAGGUAGGGGAGACCCUCUACCUCUACCUCGGGGUUAGCCCGGCAGCCAUCAGCUCUGUGCUCAUCCGGGAGGAAGACGGCAUCCAACAUGCCAUCUUCUACGUUAGCAAGACCCUAAGGGAGGCCGAGCUCAGGUACUCCCCUGUGAAAAAAACGGUGUUGGCCAUCGUUUGGACUGUCAAGAAGUUGGGCCACUCUUUUCAGGCUCACCCGGUUCAGGUCCUCACCCAUCAACCCCUCGGCGCCCUCAUGAGGAGCCCCACCAGCUCCUCCCGCAUGGUGAAAUGGGCUAUCUUCUUGAGCCAGUACAACAUUGACAUCCGCCCAAGGCCUGCCAUCAAGGGCCAAGCCCUGGCGGACUUUGUGACGGAAUGUACCGCAAGGGCAGUCACAGACGGGGAGCCCUCGACUACCUCGGACGACUGGUGGACCCUCUACACUGACGGCUCCUCCGCGACCAAAGCAUGCGGAGGAGGGGUAGUCCUCAUUACUCCCGAGGGCUUCAGGGCCUACUAUGCAGUCCGCUUCUCCUUCAAGGUCUCCAACAAUGAGGCCGAAUAUGAAGCCCUCCUAUGUGGCCUUCGGCUGGCUGCCAACAUGAGGGCUCGGCAGAUCCACAUCAAAUGCGACUCCAAGUUGGUCGUUGGCCAAAUCUCCGAAGAAUAUGAGGCCAAGGAGGGGAGAAUGAAGCAGUACAAGGAAACGGCCAAGGAGUUGCUUAAGGUAUUUGAGGCACACUCUCUCACUCAAAUACCGAGGGCUCAGAACUCCGAGGCCGACAUAUUAUUUAAGCUCUCGGCCGACUCCCCCGAGCACAUCUCCAAAAUUGCCAAAAUCGAGGAACUCAGCCUCUCAAGCAUCCAUGCAAGCCCCGUUAUGAACAUACAACAACGUCAGGAGGAUUGGAUCUCAGAUAUCACCGCCUUCAUCUCCACAGGGCAGCUACCCGAGAAUGAGGCCCGCGCUAAACUGGCAAAACUGAGGGCUCCCAGCUACACCAUCGAAGAUGGAAGGCUCUACAAACGAUCUUACAAUGGCACGCUACUUCGGUGCCUUCAUCCAGAUGAAGCCGAGGUCGCAAUGGAGGAAGUGCACAGUGGCACUUGCUCAGCUCACCAGUGACCCUUCUCCAUGUCCCGAAGGCUCAUUCUCCAGGGCUACUUCUGGCCAAACAUGGCCAGGGAUUGUGCUGACCUUGCCCGAAGGUGCACCGCAUGUCAACAUUUCCAGAAAGCUCCCGGCAGGCCAGCGGUCAACUAUGCCCCCAUCAGCACCUCUGUCCCAUUUUCUCGAUGGGGGAUAAACCUUGUGGGCCCUCUGCCGAGGGGUACCUCCAACAACAGAUACAUCAUUGUGGCCGUCGACUAUUUUACCAAGUGGGUGGAGGCUGAACCCCUCGCCAGCAUCACAGAGGCGAAGUGCCGUCACUUCGUCCUCAAGAACAUCCUCACAAGGUUUGACGUCCCCCAGCAGACCAUCUCCGACAAUGGGACACAAUUUGAGGCAGCCCCCUUCUGUGCCCUUCUCGAGGCAUGGGGCAUCAAACACACCUUCUCCUCCGUUGCCUACCCUCAAGGCAACGGGCAAGUAGAGAACGCCAACCGGACCUUGCUCGAGGGCCUCAAAAAGAAGCUGGAGGCCGAGGGCGGUGGCUGGGUGGAAGAACUCCACAACAUCCUUUGGGCCUACCGCACCACCCCUCGGCGAGCAACAGGUGAAACACCCUUCUCCCUCUGCUACGGUUUUGAGGCCAAAGCUCCUACGGAAGUCACCCUUCCCACCCGAAGGGUGAUCCAAUAUGACCCCGAGGUCAACGACAGCAACAUGACCCUCGACCUCCACCUCAUUUCAGAACGCCGGGAGCAGGCCUUCAUCCGGGCGGAAAACUAUCGAAGGCAAGUUAAAAGCUACAUCGACGCCAAAGUUCGCACCCGAGAAUUUCAAGUGGGGGACUAUGUCCUCCGGAGGAGGGAAGCCAGCCAACCAACCGAGGGAGGAAAAAUGGCACCAAAAUUCGAAGGCCCCUACAUCAUAGCAGCCAUCAUCAAACCUGGGACCUACAAGCUCAAACGCCCCAACGGGAAAGAAGUCCCUAGGCACUGGAAUGUACACCACUUAGUUAAAUUUUAUCAAUAAUGUAAGAGCGGCCAAGCCCUCAUAAAUAGUGAAUGUACUAUCCUAUGGCCCAAGGCCUUCAAUUUCGAAGAAUGAAGAUACAUUCAAGACAUCAAGCCCUCAUACUGACUACAGGCCCCUGGCCUCACCACGAGAAGAACCCCCUCCGGCACCAAGUGCCGAGGGCGGACACCAUCAACACCUACAACAACGGUGAAAACCCCACGUGUUUUCAGUCAAGAUCCCUCGGUACCAAGUACCGAGGGAGGGAACUCCUAUCACCAACAACAAGGAACACCAUGUGUUUCAUUUCCCUUCGGCACCCAGUGCCGAGGGUACAUUCCCACCUUCAACAUUAAAAAAGAAAAAGAAGAGAACACCAAGUGUUCCUAUAGAAGACCCUUCGGCACCCAGUGCCGAGGGUACACCUCCAUCAUCAAACAUCGAAACGAAGAAAAAACACCAAAUGUUUCAAAGAAGACCCCUCGGCACCCAGUGCCAGGGAUAUGCUCUCCUAUCAACUUCCAAACAUCUGUUGGGAAACACCAAGUGUUUCAUUUGGAGACCCUUCGGUACCAAGUACCGAGGGUACACGCCUACAUCAACUACAACAAAAGAGAACACCUAGUGUUCCUACAGAAGACCCCUCGGUACCAAGUACCGGGGGCUACACAUCGAAACUAACACCAAGUGUUGUUUCUAAAAGUCGUACCCCACGAGGACGCAUAUACCGAAGGCGCCACCAUCGGUGCCGGCGGCACGUAGUGCCCCCAGCCAUUUGCAACUAGUGUGCAAAUGAAAACCCUUCCUUGAAACGCUUUCCGCGUCACUACCCCCAGGGUAUGACAGGCAUGAGAAAUGCCCAGGAUUCGACUUUCAAAAACGGAACGCUAUCCGCGUCACUACCCCCAGGGUAUGACAGGCAUGAGAAAUGCCCAGGAUUCGACUUCCAAACCGAAACGCUCCCCGCGCCACCACCCCAAGGGUGUGGCAGGCCACGGACUAUGUCUAGCGCCGAGGGGACGACUUUCAAAAAUGAGGCGCUUUCCGCGCCAUCCCCCAAGGGGAGGCAGGUUACGGACCACCAUAUCUUGUGCCCAGGAAACGUCCCUCGAUCCCCUCGGAACUCGGAAGGUUAACCCGAGGGAGGAGAGCCAUUGGUGUAUUCUGAUGGUCUCCUAAUAGGCCCAGCCUUACCAAGAAACCAAGUUUCUUGAUGCCUUCCCUUCACCACCAACCAAAAAAAAAAAAAAAAAGAAAAAAAAAGAGGGGGUGAAGGGGAGUAGACUCAGCGAGAAAUCAAAGAGUACACUCCAACAGAUCACAACAAGCCAAGGGCUCCCUACAAUCAAAGAGUACCUCCGGUAACUGAAGGCUCCUAUUUCCCGAAGGAUACUACUCGAACAAAUAGCAGCAAAGUACCUUCAAAUAUGUACCGAAGGCAGCUGUUAUACAUUAAUACCGAGGGCCCCUACCCCAUUACAAGGGACACAACCGGCUGAGUCAAACUCUACAACUCUUCAGAGUGUAUGCCGAGGGCACACACUCCUGAUUGGCCUUCUUCACAACAACAGGAUUCAACAUCAAUUUACGCAAAGUAAUGUAGAGUCAGGGGGCACCUAUCACCCGAUGGCUACACAAGGAAGCAGCACUCGAAAAAAUUCUAAGUCCUAAAGAUUGGGCCCCCGGCCCAAUCAAUAUUACAGCCAAGGGAAUAUGGUAGCCGAAGGCCAGGCAAUACAACAACGCUUAAAAAAUAUUCUGUCCUAAAUGAGCAGCCCCCGGGCAUCUCGCAAAGUGAUGUGGAAUCAGAAGGGAUGCCAUCUCCCGAAGGCUCCCAAGGGGAAAUCUACACUUAGAAUAUUUUCUAAGUCCUACAUAUCUUCCCCCCGGUCAACUACUCUUACAUCAAGAAGGGAUGCCAUCUCCCGAAGGCUCCCAAGGGAAAAUCUACACUUAGAAAUCUUCCUAAGUCCUACAUAUUUCACCCUCAUCUUAUAAAGGGACCUAAUAGCCGAAGGCUACCUAUCAAUCGAGGGCUACAGUGCACAAGGAAUCGACACUCAAGAAAAUUUUCUAAGUCCUAAAGAAUUGGCCCCCGGCCUAUUCAAUAUUUCAGUUGGGGCUCCCCAGUAGCCGAAGGCUACGUGACAUACUACACUUGCAAGAAAAUUCUAAGUCCUGUACAUUGGGCCCUCGGUCCAACAUUCACACAUCAGGAAGGGAUGCCAUAUCCCGAAGGCUCUCAAGGGGAAAUCUACACUUAGAAAUUUUUCUAAGUCCUAGGAUUUGGGUUACUACAAACGCCCGAAGGCCUCAUGCUGUGCUACACUUAGAAAAAAUUUCUAAGUCCCAAUUCCUGCUAAACCCUCGGUUGUAUGUCCAGCAGAGGAUGCCCAACUACCGAAGGCUCCCAAGGGCUAGCUACAAUCAGAUAAUAUUCUAAGUCCUAAAACAUACAUUCAAAGGAGCAAAGACAUACAUCCAAAACAAAAACGAAGGCAUGCAUUCAAGGAGAAAGGAAUUAGAAAAAACAAGCCACAUGUACAAGGCCCAAAGGCAAUCAUUCAUUCAACAAAAGGAAGGGAUUCAAGUGUGUUUGUUACAGAGUAUGGCCAAAGCCGAGGGGUGACAAAUGUUCAUUACAAAGCUUUUUCAAAAAUUGACUAAGUACUAAUCUUCUCGGCGGCUUCAGCCUCGUUGUCUCCGGGGGCAUCUUCCACGACAACCUUGGAGGAGACUUCUUCUCCGGCAGCAUCACCCCCGACGGCUCCACCCCCAUCACCCCCCAUCAUUACAGAAUCAUAGAUUGUCGGCCGCUCUUCACCCGGGGGGAGGGGAACUCUGACAUCUGGUUGCAACGGAGGGAGGCCAUAUGCCGAGGGGUCGAAUUGUUCGAGGGACACGCCAAAGUGCCUGGCAAGCCUCCGGUAGAUCAGGUGCUGGGUAAAGAACUCACGCCCUGGUAGUAGGCGUCCCCCCUGUCAGUCAGCCAGUCAACCCCGGGGCCUUCUACCCAAGCGUCCACCGAGGCUGCCACCACGGAGGCAACCCACUCCUUGUGGCCCUCGGCCCUCCAGCCCUCAGCGAGGAACUCCGCAACUGCCUCCCCUCGGGACUCGGCCGCAGCUCUCUCCUUGGCAGUUUGGGCUUCUUCGGCAGCUUUUUUCGCCGCCUCGGCAGCAGCCCUCUCGGCCUCCGCCUUGCCCUCGGCUAUGCCGUCAGCUUUGGCCUUCUCCGCCGCCGCCUUCGCCUCCCGAAGGGCCUCCUCCAGCUGGGCAGCAUGCUUCACCGCCUCGGAGUUCUUGCGGAUCAGCCCCUCCACCUUCUUAUCCUGGGCAGCCUCGUGAAGACGCCUUUCCUCGCGCCUCCGGGCCUGUUCCCCAAGGGCUAUGCAGGCCUGCAAACAAUGAUCAAAGGAGUUAGAUUGUUCCUCAGGAAAAAAUAAUACUAAACUGAUAAGAUAAGGAAAAAGGAAGCGGUAACUUACAGUGAGCGAGGACCGGAGGAUCCUGUUCUCGAGGGCAUCAUCAUCAUAGAUCUCGAAGACUUCCCUGUCCAUCUUCGAGGUGAUGCCCCGCAGGAAGGCCCUCGGCUCGGCAGUGCCAUGCAUUAAUGAAGCGCUGGGGGCAAAAGAGAGCUGACGGAUCUCCCGGGGUACUUCCUCCGGGAGUGGAUUCACCAGAGCCUUCGGGGUGACCGAGGCUAGGGGCCCAUCAGCGGCGGGCGUGUCAUCAAUAACUAUGAGGGGGGCCGCCCCCUCGACGGCGCCCACGGCGGCUUUCUGCUUCUUGGUAGGGGGCUCCACCCCCUUAUCGCUCCUCUUUUUCUUAACGGCCGCCUCGGCCUUCGACCCCCCGGUCCCCACAGCAGCAUGGGCGUCCCCGGCGGAAGGCUCUAUUGCCUUCGGAAAAAGCGCGUCAACUGGCUUCUGGCCCGAGGGCCCCUUCUCCUUUGGCUGGGUCUUGCCCUUCCUCUUCGCGAACAAGGCGUUGGCAUUCAUCCUGCUACCUGCAAAGAACGACAACAACAAGUUGAAAGGUUAGAACCGAGGGGUCAGAGACGCGACAACAAACAUGACAGAAAAUCUCUAAGUACAAAAAUGUAAAGCCCCUGGCCACUACCUCCUGCUCCCACGAAGGCUUUAUCAUAGAGGGGAUACUUCUCAUCAGUCUCCCCAAUGAACCGAUACCUCAGGAAUCCGAGGGCAUGUAGGUCUUCCUCGAGGACGCACUCCUUGAUUGUUAUGUUAUUAUCCCGACCCUCCGGAAUCUUGGCGAUCUUCAGGCCAUCCUUCUCGAGGGCGGCACUCUUGACCUUCACAUGGCGCCGAAAGCGAUUCCGCAACUCCCUCGGGAAAGGGCUGUCAGCCAGUCUGACAUAGCACCAUCGCUCUCUCCACCCCUUAUUAGAAGAAGGGGCCUCGGUGAACAGUUUGAACUGGGCUAUCUGCUGUAAGUUUGCAUAGCCCUCGGCAUUUGUAUGCCCCCCCGGCAUAGGUUGAAGCUUUGGAAGAAUAACUCCAGGCUCGGUGUAACCUUCCGGAGUUUGCACAGGUUCACGAACCCCGUUAUGUACGAGUGGCUGUUGGGGGUCAGUUGGCAGGGGACCAGGCCAGUGUACCUCAAAUACUCCCGGAGGAAAGGAUGGAGAGGGAACCGGAGGCCCAUUGAAACCGAGAUCACAUGCACGGCUAUACAUCCCUCGGGAGGCCGGGACAGCACGUCAUCAGGACCUGGCUCGACUACUACGGCCGAGGGCCCUACGUGCAACUGGGUGAUGUAGAUGUCCGCCCUGUCAGCUUUGGACUUAAUCUCCAGAGCGGCGGUGUCCAGGAAGGAGUAACCCUCCGGCAGAUAUACUGGCCCCCUUGAUCGACGGCCUUUACUUUCUUCUGGGGGCCAGCCUUCGUCUUCCUCCUCUUCUUCCCGGGGGCUACACUUAGAGGCGUCGGGUCCAGUGGCCUCGAGCUACUUGCUUCCCCUGAACCCCGGGGGGAAGAACAACGACAGUGACCUUUGCCCUCUCCUUUUCCUCCUCCUCUUCAGUGACUUGGACGACGAGGGCCAACUCUUCAUCCUCGGCGGUUCGCUCGAACUCCUCCGCCUCGACCUCGGCCAUCAGAUCCUUCUGCACCUCGGUGGCGAGAGCUGCAUCACCACCACCCGAGGGCUUGCUGCUACUAGACUCCAUGUCGGAGAUGCCUUCGUUCUCCAUCGAGGGCGUCCUCGAGAUGUCCUGAGAGUCACUCUGGGACGACAUUCUAACUCUAGCUCGAGGGUUCGGGGGAACUAAGGUUUCUAGUGAAUUCUAUCUCCUAACCCGAGGGCACAAUGUACAGCUAUACUAGAAGGAGAAAGGCAGGGAGCACUGACCUCGAAAGCUGAGUUAGGACCGAAGGCUUGAGUUUCUCUCACUAGAUUUUUUGGCGGAGCUUCGCUAAGACAACUGAGUUCGCACAGCGGGGAAUGGCCCUGGCCUUGGGGUAUUUAUAGGCGAUGGAAUCCGGGCUUGGGCCUGGAUUCUGGGCCUCCGGAUGGAACACCAUCAUUACACACCGCGUCCUCACCCAACCAGUGAUGCCGCCCACGGACAGCCAGCCGUCACGCGCCACGUGUUCCCCCCAACGGCUAUAUCCUGACGUUAAGUAUUCCAACGGCUAUAUUUCCAACGGCUAUAUUCUGGAAGCCCCGGGUUUUCUACCUCACUCCACUUCAUCAAGGAUAGCCUCCGGGUGCACUCACUCAGAAGUGUCCCCGGGGUGUGCCCCACACAGCACAUAACAGGACGCCUUCGGGAUCACUCCUUGAGGAACCCAAGGCUUCAUAUCAGGGCACCCCUCGGGAAUUCCCCCUCAGCACUGCAAACCGGGUAGCCCCCGGGGAGUUGCCUUCAUUGACGGAUAACCCGUCGCACACAGGUAAUGGGAGCCCUCGGGUAUCUUCAUCACCAACUAAUCAACACACAGUGGACCCCCCGGUAACAACUCCGCUGCCGCCCUCAUCCAGAAGGCCCUCGAUCCCCGGAUUGAGGGGCUCCCCUUCGGCAUCCCCAGGAUAUCAACGGCAAGCCUUCGGCUGAUCAAUACAUGAGCCCUCAGAAAAAGAAGAGCCUUCGGCAUUACCGUUAUUCUCCAUUUUUGACCAAGGUUUGACAUUUUCGAUUCAUCAUUGGGGGAACUCGGUGCACUCUUUUUCCCUCAUUAGGAUUUUUUCCCCCAGGGUUUUUCCUAAUGAGGUUUUUAACGAGGCAUCCCCCCAAAAUGAAACGAAAAACGUCAGCCUUCGGCCCACAACAGCAACACAACUACUCUACUCCUUUUCACCACUUUACAAGUGCCUCAAGGAGUGGGGGACUGGAGGACCCCCUCGGGAAAAUCAUUAAAUUACAAAAUUAGUGAAAUUCCAACAAACGACAAGGCAAGCCCUCAAGUCCCGACAUGUGGGUAACUGAGGGAUUGCCUUCGGCAGGGACAUAAGAGCAACAACUCCUCACCAACUUCAGAGAUCACGAUGGGACAACAUCAAAGGGCAAGCACAAGUUACUCCUUUUCCCUCAAGUACCUUUCGGCAAAAGGAGUGAGGGACUCCUGAUGGAGUAUAUGGCCCGGGAACCCCCGGCCCACAGACUCCUACUACUCCAGCGAAGGCCCAACAGGCCCAGAAGGCUCAACAGGCCCAGAUCACAGCGCCCAGAGUACCAAGCAGCCCGCACUACGCGCCAGGGGUGCCUUCGGCCCCCUGGCCGAAGGCUCUAAACUCUCACAGGACGGGUUUCGCAAGCAAAUUAAGAAACUGGGAGAAAACGGCGAAAACAGUAGCCCUCGGCACUGUGAGCCCUCGGCACCAGAGUGCCAUCGGUUGGAGGAGCCCUCGGCCAUUGCUCUAUAGCCGAAGGCAUCUCACCCGACAAGAUAUCCGCCCCACAUGCGUGCAGAUCACCGUACCCUGCACAGACGUCCCAUCCAACAGCCGCAUUAAAUGCGGCCACAUGCGGCUGCCAGCGCCAACCAGUUGAGGUGACCCCUCAGCCAAUGAGCGCUUGACACGUGUCCCUAUCCGGCAUUUAUUGCUACUAUAAAUAGCACCCCAUUUCCUCAUUUGUAACCACGCUGAAAACGGCAUUCAUACUAAAUACACUCUCUCUCUCUACACUUACUUGUUUACUCUGGCUUCUCUCUAGGUUAUUCCCCGUAAUAACCCUCCGGAUAUAUACCCCCGGGUAGACUAUCCAUCAGGGGCAUUUUUUUUAUUUUGUCUGUCGUGUCAGUUUUUUUUUAAAUUUUAUUGAGUCAGUUUCUUGGUCGUUUAUUUUGUUUCCCUAAGGUGUGC